AGCGCAAAACGCACUUCUAGAGGGCGCAAACCAACUUCACACCCUGAAGCGCAGACCAUCUCCGGCUCAGGCGGACCCCUCCGUCCAAGGGAAGGAAACAUACUAGUCUCUCGACAUUCGACAUCUCCCACUCACUCUUCAGCCAUGUUUGCAUUUCGACUUGUUUCGCUUUAUGUGGGCCUGCUUCUCGUUUUCCUCUGGAAUAUACCAUGUUUUCAGUCAGCUGCUAUCAUCUCUCCCUCUACCCCGAAGAGGAACAGGGGAGCCAGGCUCCCUCAUCAGGGCGGACAAAGGUCAACCAAACUCCUAAAAGACAUCUUCGCCUCUUCCCAUCAUAUGAUGACCCAGCACAAAGAAGACCUUAAGGACGAUAUCGUGCCGCACGAGUACAUGCUCUCUAUUUACAGGACGUACUCUGCAGCGGAGAAGCUCGGGCUAAACGCGAGCUUUUUCCGUUCCUCUAAAUCUGCCAACACCAUAACAAGUUUCGUGGACAGAGGAACAGACGAUCUUUUGCACCCUCCUCUGCGAAGACAAAAGUAUCUGUUUGAUGUCUCAACCCUUUCAGACAAAGAGGAGCUGGUUGGGGCGGAAUUAAGGAUAUUUAGGAGAGCUUUGGGAGACUUCAAGACGACAGACCUCUACCACAUCCAACUUUAUCCCUGCAGCUCUGAUAUGCUGAUGGACUCCAGGCUGCUGGACCCUUUGGACUCUACCAAGUCCAGAUGGGAGGUUCUGGACGUGUGGGAGAUGUUUAAAUCUCAUAAACAUCAGCAGCAAUCCCAUCAUCAUCGUCAUCAUCAUCCUGAACAUAAAGGGAACCAGCUCUGCUUUCAGCUCAGAGUCACUCUUGGUAAUUCCGACACUGAGCUGGACCUCAGGGUGCUGGGUCUGGACAGGACCGGGCGGUCCCAGCAGGAGAAAGCCAUUCUGGUGGCCUACACCCGCUCCAAGAAAAGGGAGAACUUGUUCAAUGAGAUGAAGGAGAAGAUCAAGUCGCGGAGGUCUAUCAAGGAGACAGAGGUGGUGAGAGCGUCAGCGGAGGUGGAGGAGUUGGAGGAGGAGGGGAUACCCCGAAGGGGGGUCAGAGGGGAGGGGCCCCGGAGGCGGAGGAGGACAGCGCUGAGCAACCGUCAUGGGAAAAGACAUGGAAAGAAAUCCAAAUCCAGGUGCAGCAAAAAGGCGUUGCAUGUGAAUUUUAAAGAGUUGGGCUGGGACGACUGGAUCAUCGCACCCUUGGACUACGAGGCUUACCACUGCGAAGGGGUGUGUGAUUUCCCGCUCAGAUCCCACCUGGAACCUACCAACCAUGCCAUCAUACAGACUCUAAUGAACUCCAUGGACCCCAACAGCACCCCACCCAGCUGCUGUGUCCCCACCAAACUGAGCCCAAUCAGCAUCCUGUACAUAGACUCAGGCAACAAUGUGGUGUACAAGCAGUAUGAGGACAUGGUGGUGGAGCAGUGUGGGUGCAGGUAGCGGCCAUUCGGUCUAAAAGGAAUUCUUUUACAAAAGACACAUCAAUCCAUGAUGAUGUGGGCGGAAGGGUGAUAGAGUCCUUACAGGAUACCUCGACUCAUGAUAUCCACGUGGGACACUCGAUGCGAUGUUUGCUUAUUUAUUCCAACUCACCGCUCACAAAAAUGCACACUCUCUGCCUUAAAGUGUUAUUUCCCAACCAUGCAAAAGUUAACAGUCAUCAAACAGGCCCUUGUUUCCCAGAGAUGUGUCCAUUGUGUGAUGGAAUCCCAUUGGGUGCCACUGUGCACCUGUUCGUGCUGUGGCUGUAGAGCACAGAGGCUUUUUGCCUGUCAGCGUUUGGACUUGCAAGCUCUUGUUGUGCAAUCGUGUCUGUAGGGCGGACGGACUCUUUUGGGUCUGUGCAUCCACCUCAUAAUUGCCUCUGUCCGGCUGGAGUCAUUAAAGGCUCGUGCAAGUGCAUGUUUUGAAAGAAAAAAAAAAGAAG